AUGAAGGUGAAAACAUUUUGGGUAAGAGACGGGGAGAAUGUUUGUGGAGUUAAAUUCUUUCCUUGUCAAACGCAAAUGAGCGAGGGUGUUGAUGAAUUGUUCGCCAUGAGGUGGUCACAAAAUUUCUCAAAUAACCUAGAAAAGAAACUUCACAGUAAUGAAUCGUUAGGGUUCCCUGUAAGCGCAAUUUUCUACCUGGCCACAGGCCUUUCUUAG